CCUCCUCCGCGUUCUUAGCCUCCCGUUCAUCGCUCAAGUGAACCGUUGAACUUUGCCUCUUCGGAUCUCCGUUUCAAGAACCAGUUUUGUGAACUUUUUGGAAAGAGAGAAAGAAAGAAAAGGCGGCAUUGCUAUCUCCCACCUUUUUUUGAGGGGGUCUCUUUUCUUUGAUUUUUGAACACUUCGUCCCCGUGGCCUUUUGCAUGGUGCUGCGAGGCCCCCACAAGUCGGAGAUCAUGGCGGACUACCUUGAUAUGUGGCAAGACAUAGAGACGGUGCUGCUUGGAGACAUCAAACAGUCGAUCCCAGAAGCAGCCACCUCGCCCUUCACGCCCACAAACACGCAGCAAGUGCAGCCGCCCACGCCCCAGCAGCCUCCCCCUCCGCCCUCGUCCGCACAGCUCCCCAACCCGCAGGCGACUCCCCCUCAGUCCCUCCUUCCGCCUUCGCCUUCGUCAGUGUCCGCCCUGCCCACAUGCGCCCCUGCCCAGGUCACGGCGGCCAGCCACCACCAGCACCACCUCAGCAGCACAGUGCCAGGCGCGUCCUCGUGCCACCCGGAGCCCCGCACGCUCUCGCCGCCGUCAGGAGAGACGUACCCGGCGUCAUUGGGCACGCUCUACCCCCCUCCGUCGCCGUAUCCCAUCCACCAGUGGCGAAUCAAGAGCGAAUACGUGGGAGAGCAGAUCGUGCCCGAGGCCAGCUGGGACUACAAGGAGGGGACCUACUGGACGGAGUACUACCCCUCCAACGACCCCUCCGGCAUGCAGCAGUACGGCUACUUCCCCUCCACCCCCCCUUACCCGGCCGACCUCUAUCCUUCCCCGGGAUCGGCGCCUCCUGCUUACCAGCCCUCCCUGCCCACCAGCUCUGCCAACCCCCUGCUGACCCCUCCCUCCUCCCCGUCUCUGCUGGCAGGGCAAGUGCCAGGGGGCAUGGCAGGCGCGGUGCCCCCCAACUGCCUCCCCGUGUCGCUCCCGCACGGCUUCCCGACGAUGGCCCCGCAGCAGGCGCCGACGAAGCCCAAGACACGCCGCCGCAGGACCUGGACGCGCCGCAAGGCCAUCGUGCAUACCUGCUCGCACAACGGCUGCGCCAAGACGUACGCCAAGUCGUCGCACCUGAAGGCGCACAUGAGGACGCACACGGGCGAGAAGCCGUACACGUGCGACUGGAAGGGCUGCGGCUGGCGCUUCGCGCGCUCCGACGAGCUCACGCGCCACUACCGCAAGCACACGGGCGACCGCCCCUUUCAGUGCCGCCUGUGCGAGCGCGCCUUCUCGCGCUCCGACCACCUCAGCCUGCACAUGAAGCGCCACAUGGCGCUCUGAGCGACGCGCGAGUCCCUCUCGAAGGCUCAAGUGGGACUUCCGAGUGCCGAUUCCGUCUCUGUUGCUCGCAGCGCCGACAAGAGUGCCUAAACACGAGUGCCUAACCUUUAACAGCGUCCUCACCAAGUGCCAUAUGUACUUAGCCUUAAGCACACCACCAAUAACCCCGAAAGCAAGCAGAAUAAAAACCUCAGCUUCAGUCAACGAAGUGCCAAAAAGAGAGCAGAUAGUGCCACGACUACCUCUUCCCCAGGGCACACUUCGCAGGUCCUCCUCACGCCUCCCGAAGGCUUCAGGAACUUCCCCUUCAGAAUAGCCUCCACGUCCUAUCCCUUUGCAUCAGGAGACGCCCUUCGCGGUAUAGAUAUAUAUAUAAAAGUGAUAUGAUCUCGCAGUUUUUAUUAUUUUUUCAAUAUAUUUUUAUUUUUGUACUUUUUCUUUCAAAGUAGCAAAAGUUCUCUGUGGUUUUCCCAUGUUCUCCUCAUCUUCCCCGUCGCGAGAAUGAAGAUGGAGAAUGACGGAAUGCGGAACAAACAGCAAUUGUAUUCUUUUUAUGACGAACAUAUCUUUCCUUCUUUAUAAUCGACAAACAUAUAUAUUUUAUAUAAAUGUUAAACAUUGUUGAUCAAAUUUCACCCAGUGAUUUGUUUCUUUGUAAUAGGUUAAGUCUUUAAUGUUUGGAUUUUCUAGUCAUACAAAGGGCAUUUUGUUUCGCCCCAGCAAUGGUAUGCCUUGUGUACAUAGCUUGUAUAUAUGCCUUUUUGUACCGUUCAUUUUUAUAGAAUAAAAUAAAAUGAUUUCUUAUUA